AUGGAAACUGUCAGUUCAAGUGAUGAUUCAAUAGAAUUAUCACAUUCACUUUUGACAAGAGUGUAUUAUGCUGCUAAAGAUGGUAUGGCUAUUGCUCUUUAUGAUCUUCUUAGCAGUAAAUCACUUGAACAAGUUAAUCUUUUGAUUAAUCAAAAAGUGUUGGAAGAAGAUGGACAACAAUGUACACCCUUAAUUAUAGCUGCACGAUAUGGUCAUGACAAAGUAGUUAAAAUAUUAUUGGAUAAAUUUAAACCUGACUUAGAACAAGAAGGAACAGUUAAAUUUGAUGGAUAUGUUAUUGAAAAAGCAAGCGCUCUUUGGUGUGCUGCUGGUGCAGGACAUUUGACAGUUGUAAAGACAUUAGUAAAAGCAGGUGCAAAUGUCAAUCAUCCUACUAAAAGUCUUUCUACUCCUUUGAGAGCAGCUUGCUUUGACGGACGACUAGAUGUAGUUAAAUAUUUAAUAGAACAUAAUGCAGAUAUAAAUAUUUCAAAUCAGUUUAACAAUACAUGUUUAAUGAUUGCUGCAUAUAAAGGACACUUGGAUGUAGUUACAUUUCUUUUACAAAAAGGUGCAAAUCCAAAUGAAAAAGCACUCUGCGGUGCUACUGCAUUGCACUUAGCUGCAGAAUGUGGGCAUACUAAUAUAGUAGCAGAGUUACUACAGUAUGGAACAAAGAUGACAAAGAAUGUUAGUGGAAUGACACCAUUAAUAGCAGCAGCAGAACGUACCAAAGCAGAAGUUGUAGAAUAUUUAAUCAAACAUGCAAGAGUUAAUAAGGAGGAAACAAUUGAAGCUUACGAACUUCUGGGUGCUUCUUAUGCCAAUGAUAAAGGCAGUUACUGUCUAACAAAGGCAUAUAAAUAUUUAUGGAAAGGAAUGAAACUUAGAUAUAGCGAUCCCGAAAAUAUUAUUCAUAAAAAAUUGGGAGAAACUAUAAAAGCAUAUGAUAACUGGAAAGAAUGCGAGACUCCGGAGAAAUUGGAAAGCAUUAGAUACAAUCAGAAUGCUAUUCACAUGGAAUCAUUAUCUAUUCGUGAAAGAAUAUUAGGACAACAUAAUCCAGAAGUACCACAUCAUAUUAUAUUUAGAGGAGCAGUUUUUGCAGAUAACGCUAGGUUCGAUAAGUGUAUAGAUUUGUGGCUUCAUGCUCUGUAUUUAAAACAAUUAAACAAUAUAUCUGUUGUAAAAGAUUUCCUGAGGUUUGCACAGGUAUUUUCACAAAUGAUACACGUAGGAGUAGACCUUGAUUUCUCUCAGGUGUUAAGUGUUUUAGAAGCUAGCGUAACCGAAUUGAGCCAUAAUAAAUCGAAAGUCGGUAAUCCCGAUUCUGAGGAAGAUAUUGAACAACAUAUUGAAGAAAUGGAAUCAAAUAUUACAACUACGCUAUACAUAUUAACAAUAUUAACAAAACUUUUAACGUUAAAUGGAAAUAGGUAUGACGAGCAAGAUAAAAAUAAAGCGUGUCAUUUAGUUCAUAAACUCUGUGCUCUGCAAUUACGUUUGAAGGAUGGCCAAACGUUACUACAUCUCGCAGUAAAUGCUGAAACUCCCGUUGAUGAUUUUCAUACUAACGAUGUUUGCAAGUUUCCAUGCGCCGCAACAGCGAAACUACUUAUACGCUGUGGUGCUGAUGUAAAUGCUAUGGAUAAUGAAAGAAAUACACCAUUACAUGUUAUAGUUAGCUACAGAAAACCGAUCAGUGAUUUUAUGACUCUUCACUCCAUUAUUAUGGAACUUAUAGAAGCUGGAGCACAUAUGGAUACUGUAAACAGCAGUGGAAAAACUCCGUACGAUGCUGUCACCAAAGGUGUGGUAGAAAUAAUACUCAGGACGCAGACGAAAUUAUCGUUAAAAUGUAUGGCGGCAAAAGUAGUAAAAGCUUACAAUUUGUCCUAUUGUGGAAAUGUACCACGUUCUUUAGAGAGUUUUAUCGAACUUCAUGGACCAGGACUUAAUCAGGGUUAAAGUAUUAAAAAGAACAGUUUUUUAGCCUGCAGACUUUUUAGAAGAUUUAAUUAUCAUACUCCUAAAAUAUUUACAUAAAAUGUUUUCUUAAUAAUUUGUUGAUUAGGAGUCAAGUUUUUUAUUAAUAGUUCAAAAACUUCCUAUAUCGUUUUAGGUAUUCGUAUUGUUAAUUGUUUGACUUAAACAUUAAUAUAUAAAUGUAAUAACUUUCAAAUUAAAGUGAAAAACUACAAUUAACAACGUUUGCUUUCAUCAAAUUAACUCAGUUGUGUAGUAUUAAAUAUUUUGUAUAAUAUGUGAGUUAUGAACUGAUAAUUACUGUGAUUUUUCGAAAUAAAGAAAAUUAGCUUUUCAAUCGUUCAUUCAUUGCAUAAAGAAUACACAUUUAAUUUAUUAAAGAAAAUAUACAAAUUUACAAAUUAUUAUGUUUUAUAAUUUUAUACAAAAUAACUUUGAGGUAAUCUACUUUCAGGUGAUUAUGUAUACAAAUUUUUAAUAUGAUAUUUCUCUGUGUAAAUAGCAAUAAAAGCUGAAGAGAUAACACUGACCUCUCCAGGAAUUUUUCAGAACUUUUGCAACUGACUGCAAAGUAUUGUAUUUCUAACCUGCAAUUAAUGAUAGAUCACACGUGGCUAAGAUAUAAUAUAAA